GUUGCCGUGUGUGUGCAUAUUAGAGUGUUCUUUCACGUCACUUAAACAUUUUUCUACGUAUAAAUAUACAUAUAUAUCCAAAAAAUAAAUAAAAGAGUCUCAUAUCAUAGAUUCGAUAACAGCAAUUGUGAAUUUAUUAACAACGAAUGAAAAGAAAAAAUUUACGACAAAUAAAUCGAAGCAUCGGAGAAUUUAUUUCUUAAUAACGGAACGCGAUAAAAUCGAUGCGUUCUUUAAUGACUGAUAAUAAUAAAUUGUGAUUUGAUGUUUUUUUUUUUGAAAUCGAAAAUCUAAUUGACAAACAAUACCAACGAAAAAAAAAUAUCAAAAGGGCAACAAAUCAGCGACGAAGCAAAUUCAUCAACAACCAAAUUGAUUGAAUUGAUAGACACGACAACAGUUUCUAAACAAAAAAAAGGAUAUUCCCGAAAUAUUGCAAACAGUGAAUGCAUUCGCUUUUUUUUAUUUGGACUAGAAAAAUAAACAGAGAAUUUAAAAAGGUUUCUACAAUAUUGAAGCGAGCAAAUUUGGCAGUUAUUAAAAAAAUAGAGUGAGUUGAUUUGAUAUAACGGUUUUCAGGAAAAUCGAUAAGUUUCAAACCAAAAACGAACACUUCAAAAAAAUAGAACAUUCAACGAUUGCGAAAAAAAUACAGAGUGAGUGUGUGUGUCUGUGUGUGCGUGCUUUGCAAACUGGGCGAAAUCAUUCUAAAUCAAAUUUGGUGAUUAUCCAGAUACGUGAAUGAUAGUAAAUCGGAUAUAGGACCAUUAGGGGUUGGCGCCUGACAUUAACCGAUUAGUAUGCAUCAACAAGAGUGAAACAGCAAAGGUAUAAAGCACUGUGUGCAACGAGAUAGGUAUUUCGUUCCGAAUACAAAGGAGAGAAAGAAGUGCAGACAAAACGAGACGGCAAAGGAGAUUUUCAAAAGUUGAGGCAAAAUAGUUGUCGCACACACGAUCGAAAUCGAAUAGAUUUUCAGUAUUGUGCACGCAGCCAAGAUAGUCGCACAACCUGUGGGAUCAGUUUUUUUUAUAUAUGUGCACUUUUCAACGAGAGACAGACAGAGAACACACGUUUUUUUCUCUCGAAGAUACCGAUUCUAAAUCGAUUUGUGCAUUCUUUUAUCGUCAAGUUAAUAGCCAAUGAAAUAGCUCAAUUAAAAUCGAUUGUGGCAAAAAAACCGAAUCAAAUGAGAUAAAAAAUAAUAAUAAUAAAUAACGAAUUCAAAACAAACCUAAAACUUAAAAAAAAAAGAACUUUUAAAUCGUCCGUUUAAUUUAAUUUGUGGUGAGUCAAAGCAAACAUAAAAUUUGAGUUUCGCAUGUGAAUUAUUCAAGAAGAACUUUGAUAAAAUAUCGGUUUUUGAUGGUCAUCCAAAAAAAUAUAUAACAUUUUCAUCGUUUUCUUCAUUUUAACCAACAAACAUUUCGUCGUGUGAUGUGUAAGCAUAUCGCAAGAAUGAUAGUUUUAUAUGUGAAUUAAAAACUCUCACGGUUUAAAAUCGAGUGACAUUUUUUUUUCAUUUCAACAUUUGUCUCUUGCGUAUCGUGUCGCGUUAUAAGCGGUUUGUGUGUGCAUCAUUUGGAUUUUUGUUUUAUGAUCGUACAUAUUUUAUUUCCAAUUGGCUCCGUGUCUAAUACUUUGCGUUUUUUUAUGUUCAGUCGUCAUCGUGUGAUUUUAUUACCGAAAUACCGAAAGCAAGAAGAAAAAAAACCACGACGAGAGAGAGAGAAUAAGUUGAAGACAAACAAAAAUAAAAUCAAUAAAAAUAAACCACAAAAUAAAAUGAUGAGCGAAUGUCUUCUUAAUGAAAAAACAGUUGUGGUCAGAAAGUAAUUCACAGAAAGAGAAACAAAUACACAAAAACCAUAUAAAUCGAUCAACAGCACACAAAUCACGGUCCAAUUAGUGUGUGAUAAUAACGCACAAAGAGAAAGAGCGAAAAGAGAAAGAACAGUAUAAAAACAUAUUUAAAAGCGAAAAACGAAUCCGAGAUAGUUCGGAGUGUAAAUUUUGUUUAUAAACCAGCAAAAAAAGAACUUCUAUGAUUAUGGAUAUGACAUCGGCCGAAUCGAGAUGGUAUGACAAUCCGCGUCUGAGUGGGUCACCGAAUGCUGGGACAAGUCAUCAAUCUACUGGCUCGAGUGGUACUGCCAAUGCCAACAAUGGAGGCAUCGUCGACGCAUCCGAUAUGGGUGCAUUCUAUUCACUCGAAAAUGCUGGCCAUCGACGAUACUACUCCACUGGAUACGGACCACAUGCAUCAAGAAUGACAACUUCGCACAGCACACAACAGAUUUGUAGGCCACAUUUUCAUGCGCCAUUACAUCCUUGGCUCAGCGAACCAAAAUCAUUAGCACCAGGCAGUCCAUGGGGUAGCCCAUUUGCUUGUCCUCAAGAGCCACAAGACAAAGUUGGUCAAGUAGUACAAAGUCAUCAAACAGGUCAACACUUGUUUUCAUUUCCGCCAACACCACCAAAAGAUUCAACACCUGAUUCAGUACAAACAGGACCUUCCGAGUAUCAAGCCGCAGUGAAUGCGUUUAUGCAUCAAGCUCAAGCAUCAUCGACUACCUCAUUAUCAACUGACAAUUGUUCAUCGUUAGAUAUAAAACCUUCGAUACAACAAAAUGGUACAAGUCAAUCAUCGGCACCGAAACAACGUGAAGGUACGACAUCAUCAAGUGGCAAUACCAAUACACACAAUAACAAUAACAGUUCGAAUAGCAAUAAUAAUAACAAUACGAAUAGUAGUAGUAAUCAAAGUAGUUCCUUAAAUGGUGGAAUUUUCGAUAAUGCACAAAGUGUAUAUGGAAACAGUGGAAGCGGCUAUGAGAAUAGCUACCAAAGCUAUCAUCAAGCAGGCAAUGUACCCACAGCGUCUGGAUCAUUUCACAGCGCAAAUGCGUCCAGUGCUGGUGGUACAAAUAUUGGCAAUAUGCGAUCGAAUUUAAGUCCGCCAAUUCAUUCCCAUCAUCAUCAUCAUCAUCAUUCGUCGUCACUGUCAUCGUCAUCAUCGGCCGGCAAUAAACCACAAAGGACCAAACCGCGGACCAGUGCUGAGGGUAGAGAGUGCGUAAAUUGUGGUGCAACAUCAACGCCAUUAUGGCGACGAGACGGCACUGGUCAUUAUUUGUGUAAUGCAUGUGGACUUUAUUACAAAAUGAAUGGACAAAACAGACCUUUAAUUAAACCGAAAAGAAGACUGCUUCAGUCACUUCAGAGUGCAGCACGACGUGCGGGGACAUCAUGUGCAAACUGCAAAACGACCACAACAACCCUUUGGAGGCGGAACCAAAGUGGUGAACCAGUAUGCAAUGCCUGCGGAUUAUACUAUAAACUACACAAUGUAAACCGACCAUUGACCAUGAAAAAGGAAGGAAUUCAAACAAGAAAUCGAAAAUUAUCAUCAAAAUCAAAGAAAAAGAAGGGAAUGGCCGGUGGAUGCUUACCAAUUGGCAGCCAUUUGGGAAUGAGCGAUUUGAUGAAACCACUAGAUCCUUCGAAAGCAUUUUCAGGAGGUUUCCCCACUUCAAUGGGUCAACAUAGCCAUCUAUCUGGUUCGUUGCAUCCGGCACAUGCGCAUAUGCACGGCGGAUGGUAUGCCAGUGGAAUGGGCGCUCUUGGCGCAUCCAGUGGCUUACAAAGUGGAUUUUCGUCAGGCGGAUUGGGCGGUGGAGUUGUGCCACAUUCGCAGUCUUAUCAUCUGAUGGGUGCGACAUGGGGACGUGACUACGCGUGAUGGAACAACAGCUACAAUUCUGAAAACCUAUAAAUUCCGAUGAAAAUUGAAUAGAUCUUUUUAACAUGUACAAAACAAAGGAAAAACAAACACGAAAGACUUCAUCAUAAUUCAACUGUGAAUGUGUGGAAUUUGACAUUUUUGCUAUCGUUAGCGGCGACACCGUCAUCAUUUUAUUUCAUUAAGAUCAGCCCCGGCUUCAAAUGAUUACCCAAACAAAAAUGGAAAACAAGGGAUUUGAAAAUUGGAAGUGCAGCAAAUAUAGCACCGACAACAAAUUCAACGCACAACAAAUGUUUGAAUUGAUUUUCGGCCAAUAAAAGACCCAUCAACAUCGGUAAAAUUUUACUUUUCCCGUAAAAAAAAAAAAA